GACCCGGAGGCGGGGCUGUCUCUGCGGCAGGGCCCAGCUCGGCUCCCCCCGGUCUCUCUCUGUCUCUCCUCCUCCGUCCUCCUGCUCCGGGCGGAGCCCGGCAUGGGGGGGCCGGCGCCGGGCAGGCCAGUGGAUCGGGGACCCAGGGAGGGCCACCCCCCGGGCCUGGUGGCACUGAGCAGGGCCCCCCAGCCCCCACCUCCUGCCCCACGACAUGAACCUCCUCUACCGAAAAACCAAGCUGGAGUGGAGGCAGCACAAGGAGGAAGAGGCCAAGAGGAGCUCCAGUAAGGAAGUGGGUCCCGCAGGCCCGGCAGCGCCCGGGGCAGGCCCGGCGGGGCCCGGCGUCCGCGUGCGGGACAUCGCCUCGCUGCGCCGCUCGCUCAGGAUGGGCUUCAUGACGAUGCCCGCGUCCCAGGAGCACACCCCCCACCCCUGCCGCAGCGCCAUGGCCCCGCGCUCCCUCUCCUGCCACUCGGUGGGCAGCAUGGACAGCGUGGGGGGCGGGCCCGGGGGCGGCGGCGGGAGCCUGGCCGAGGACAGGGCUCCCGGAGAACCCCCUGCCAAGCCCCGGAGACACCCCAGCACCAAGCUCAGCAUGGCGGGGUCGGGGGCAGAGGCGCCCCCGUGCAAGAAAGCAGGCUCCCAGAAGCCAACCCCAGAAGGCCGGGAGUCCAGCCGGAAGGUUCCUCCCCAGAAGCCCAGGCGGAGCCCCAACACCCAGCUGUCCGUCUCCUUCGACGAGUCCUGCCCCCCAGCCCCCUCUCCUCGAGGGGGGAACCUGCCCCUCCAGCACCUCAGUCGGGGGUCCCACGUAGUUGGGGACCCUGAUGUGGGUGCCCAGGAAGAAGAGCCUGUGUACAUCGAGAUGGUGGGGGAUGUCUUCAGGGGAGGCAGAAGAAGUGGAGGGGGCCUGAGUGGGCCCCCUCUUGGGGGUGGGGGCCCGACCCCUCCGGCUGGCCCCGACUCGGACUCGGAAGAGAGCGAGGCCAUCUACGAGGAGAUGAAGUACCCGCUCCCAGAGGAGGUUGGGGAAGGCCGGGCCAACGGGGGCCCCCCGCUGUUGGCAGCCUCCCCGCCACACCAGCCCCAUGCCCACCGCCGACCGGCGUCAGCCCUCCCGAGCCGGAGGGACAGCACGCCCCCCAAGGCCAUGCCUUGUGAGAUCCCCCCGCCUUUCCCCAACCUUCUUCAGCACCGUCCUCCACUCCUGGCCUUCCCCCAAGCCAAGUCUGCUUCGCGAACCCCCGGCGAUGGGGUCUCGAGGCUACCGGUCCUUUGCUACUCCAAGGAGCCAGCUGGCUCCACCCCAGCUCCCCAAGUGCCUGCACGGGAGCGGGAGACGCCUCCCCUACCGCCCCCGCCGCCUGCUGCCAACCUGCUCCUGCUGGGACCGUCAGGCCGGGCUCGGAGCCACUCAACACCGUUGCCACCCCAGGGCUCUGGCCAGCCCCGGGGAGAGCGGGAGCUCCCCAACUCCCACAGCAUGAUCUGCCCCAAGGUGGUGGGGGUGCCGGCAGCCCCCCUUGGCCCGGCCGCCUUGCUCCCCGGGGCCCCCAAGGACAAGGCGGUAUCUUACACCAUGGUGUACUCGGCGGUCAAGGUGACCACACACUCAGUCCUGCCGGUGGGCCCGCCCCUGGGUGUUGGGGAGCCCAAGGCAGAGAAGGAGAUCUCUGUCCUCCACGGGAUGCUGUGCACCAGCUCGAGACCCCCCAUGCCGGGGAAGUGCAGCCCCCACGGCGGAGCCCUGGGGGCAGCAGCUGGGGUCCUCCACCACCGUGGCUGCCUGGCCUCUCCCCACGGCCUUCCGGACCCCACGGCAGGCCCCCUGACCCCACUUUGGACCUACCCAGCUACAGCAGCUGGGCUCAAGAGACCCCCUGCCUAUGAGAGCCUCAAGGCUGGGGGAGUGCUGAGUAAGGGCUGUGGAGUGGGGGCCUCAUCCCCCCUGGUCAAGAUCCAGCUGCAGGAACAAGGGGCUGAUGGGGGUGCCUUUGCCAGCAUCUCCUGCGCCCAUGUCAUCGCCAGCGCAGGGACCCCAGAGGAGGAGGAUGAGGAGAUGGGUGCCACGACAUUUGGGGCAAGCUGGGCUCUGCAGCGGAAAGUCCUGUAUGGAGGGAGGAAAGCAAAGGAGCAGGACAAGGCUGAGGAGGGUGCCCGGGCCUGGAACGGCAGUGCCGAAGGUCCAGGCCAGGCGGAGCGGGAGGACAGGGGCCUGCUGGCUUCAGGAAUCCCAGUGAGGAGCCAGGGGGCGGAGGGCCUGCUGGCCAGGAUCCACCAUGGAGGGGAGAGAGGAGGGAGCCGCCCGGCGCUGCCCGUGCCCUGCCAGACCUUCCCAGCCUGCCACCGCAACGGAGACUUCACGGGAGGCUACCGCCUGGGGCGCUCAGCUUCCACCUCUGGAGUCCGGCAGGCCGCUUUCCACACCCCCCGGCCCUGCAGCCAGCCCAGGGAUGCCCUGAGCCAGACCCACCCUGCACUGCCGCUGCCCCUGCCCCUGCCCCCCGCGCCAGCCCCCGAGCGGGAUGGCAAGCUGCUGGAGGUGAUUGAGCGCAAGCGCUGCGUGUGCAAGGAGAUCAAGGCGCGCCAGCGGCCCGACCGCAGCCUCUGCAAGCAGGAGAGCAUGCCCAUCCUCCCCAGCUGGCGGCGGGGGCCCGAGCCCCGCAAGUCCGGCACCCCGCCCUGCCGCCGGCAGCACACGGUCCUCUGGGACACUGCCAUCUGAGGGGCGGCCGGGGCACCUGGGCUGGGGUGCGGCAUGCCCCGUCUCUCCCGGGGGACUUGCCCUGAGAGAGAGAGAGAGACACUUGAAGGACCAGGUGAGAGAGAGCCAGGGAGAACCCCUGCCCUCCACCCCGACCCCCGGACCCAGGGAGUCCGCCAGGCCUGUGGGCUUGGGGCGCCAGCAGCACCCCUGGAAGUUUGGGGGAAGAGGAGGGUUUGCUUGAGGGUGGGAAGGAGGCCUUCCUCAGCUCUCCCCACUGAGCCCAUGUGGAUCCUCCUCCUGAGAGGGCAAAGGUCAAGCCAGAGGUCAGAGCAUGGGGAAGGAUGGGGGUUAGGGAGGACCAAAGGGUGGGUCAAAUGAAAGAGAGGGAGGUGGAGGAGCUCUUAGGGAGAGAGAGUCGGAAAUGGGGAAGGGGGUAUUUAUUUUGCUAUUUAUUUAGUCUGGAGGGCAAUUCUGGGCUCUUGCCUAUUCCUGAGUGGGGGAAAUGAAGGAAAUUAAAGGGAAACCAAGUUUGUACUCUUCCCAAUGCCUAAAAGCCCCACCUUCCAUGCCCACCUAGGAUGUCCUGGCGUGGGGAGUGGAGUGGGAUGGAGGGAGGGGCUCAGGUGAGCCAAGGGCUGCAGAAUCAUUUGCAGCAUUUACUAGUUGCUAGAAGUUGCUAGUGAGCGUGGCCUGCUCUGAAGCAGGCAUCUUACUUAGCUCCAGGGUGAGGGUCUGGUGCCAGGGAUGGGCAGGAGG